AUGUUGCCUCACAGUCGUUCCGAAUCCGAGUCCGUCCCGCAGCCACGGGCGUCUGGGCCCCGCCCGCGGCGCCGGUGCAGGCAGGGGGAGGGCGACAUGGCGGUCAGCAGCUCCAUUGGCUCGAACAUUUUCGACGUCACCGUGGGGCUGCCCCUGCCGUGGGUGUGCUACAACCUCGCCUUCGCGAAAACCGUGGACGUAGACAACGACGCCUUGAUCUCGUCCGUGAUGCUGCUCGUAGUCAUGAUCGGCCUGGUCAUCGCGGUCAUGAUCGCGAUGAAGUGGCAGAUGACGAAGCGCAUGGGCUAC